UGCACUGGCAGUGGCUGGGAAGUACUGAUUGGAGGGAAAACAGUAAUGAAACAGUGAUUUUCUCUGAAUGCCGGUAAUAACUCUUUCCAUUUAAAUUCUGUGUAAACGUUCCAGUGCAUAACAUUAUUGUACAAGACUUCUUCUAGGCAUCUUUUUAAGUCAAGCAUCACAUAGAGGGACCAUUUUUUCAUUGGAGACCGGCCACAGGAAUGCGAGUUUUGGCUGAUUCCCCACUUUCUGCUAGGCUUUGAGCUGGUGUGAAGUUUCCUCUGUGUUGGGAAGUUACCCAGAGGGACUGCUGCUAAAGAGAUGGCCUCGACGUGCCUGCGGUCCCUGCUGAGGUACCGGUCCUUCGCCAUCCUCUUCCUCACGCCGCUGCUGCUGCUGCCUCUGCCGCUCACUGUGCAGACGCGGGAGGCCAAAUGUGCGUAUAUCAUCAUCAUCAUGGCCGUAUACUGGUGCACUGAAGUGAUCCCACUGGCUGUUACCUCCCUCAUGCCUGUGGUAUUUUUCCCUCUGCUUGGAGUUCGGAGUUCUAAAUCAGUGUGCAUGCAGUACCUAAAUGACACAAACAUGCUCUUCAUUGGAGGGCUGAUUGUUGCAAUUUCUGUUGAACAGUGGAAUCUUCACAAAAGGAUUGCGCUGAGAGUCCUGCUGAUUCUUGGAGUGAAACCUGCACUCCUGAUGCUGGGAUUUAUGGUAGUCACUGCCUUCCUGUCCAUGUGGAUAAGUAACACUGCCACCACUGCUAUGAUGGUUCCCAUUGUCCAGGCUGUCCUAGAUCAAAUGGACAACACAGAGCAUGAUGUGACCAUGAUGGAACAAGGAACCGGGCAAACAAAUACAGUGAUUGAGCUGGAGGAAAAGAAUGUGUCAGAUCCCCCUUCAGUGCAUGUCAUAAGCAAUGGACAAGUCCCUGAUGACCCCAGAUCUUCUGAGGAAAAGAAAAUGAGGAAACGUGUAUGUAAGGGAAUGACACUUUGCAUAUGCUACGCUGCCAGCAUUGGAGGAACUGCAACACUCACUGGAACAGCACCAAACAUUGUAUUGAAAGGCCAGAUGAAUCAGUUAUACCCCAACAAUAACGAUAUUGUGAAUUUUGCUUCCUGGUUUGGGUUUGCAUUCCCAAACAUGAUUCUGAUGUUGGUACUAGCUUGGUUUUGGCUGCAGUGCUCCUUCAUGGGACUCAACUUUAAGAAAAGCUGGGGCUGUGGGACGGAGAGAAGUGCUAAAGAAAAAGCUGCAUACAAUGUGCUGAAGGCAGAAAUGAAGAAAUUGGGCCCUAUCUCUUAUGCUGAAUUCAAUGUCCUCCUAAUGUUUGUUGUGCUGGUUCUCUUGUGGUUUACCAGACACCCAGGCUUUGUAAAAGGCUGGGCCACCAGGCUCUUCCCAAGAGGAGAGAAGUUUAUCACCGAUUCUGCUCCUGCUGUGUUUAUUGCCCUGCUACUGUUUAUCCUUCCUAGUAACAAACCCAAAUUCACAGGCUGGAAGAAGAGCAUGUCUGACCCUGAACAGGCUGAAGAAGAUAUAAAAAAGCCAUUUUUAUCAGCCCCGCUGCUAGACUGGAAUGUGGUUCAGAGGAAGAUGCCCUGGAGCAUUGUGCUGCUGCUGGGAGGAGGUUUUGCUUUGGCUGAUGCAAGCGCAAACUCUGGGCUCUCAGCUUGGCUGGGUCAUCAAAUAACUCCACUAGGAUCUAUCCCACCGUGGGCCAUUGCAACAGUACUUUCACUUAUUAUAGCUGUCUUCACUGAAUGCACCAGUAACGUCGCCACAGCCACCCUCUUCCUACCUGUCUUUGCAUCCAUGGCUACAUCUGUGAAGAUCCAUCCUUUGUAUGUUAUGCUGCCCAGUACUCUCAGUGCUUCCUUUGCCUUCAUGCUACCUGUUGCAACACCGCCAAAUGCGAUAGUGUUUUCCUAUGGCCACAUCCGUGUUUUCGAUAUGGUUAAAACUGGAAUAGUGAUGAACAUCAUUGGAGUCCUCUGUGUCACACUGGCCAUCAACACAUGGGGAAGAGCUAUGUUUGACCUGGACACAUUCCCAACCUGGGCAAACACAACGGCUAACCAGUGAAGAAUUCACGUCUUAAACAAGGAAAGGACCCUUAAUACUACUCCCUAUUGCCCGAAGCCCUGUACAGUCUCAUCACCACUUCAGACCCAGUCACACAUCAGUUCAGGCAUGAAACAACUCAAAUUUAUUCUGGUCUUGUGUCUGGAUCAUAAGUAUGACCUCCAACCAAUGUCGAGAUUUAGCAUUUAUCGAACUUUAAAUAAAGAGAGGGCAGGCUGUUGUAUCAAAUGGUCUGAACUGUCAUAUCACUGAUAUGUACUUGUAAAUCAAUAGCAUUGAACACUGCACUCAGGCAGGGGCUGAAAAUUCAUUAACUAAUAUUUAUAUCCACAAGUCAGCAGCUGUACAGGGAAAUCCCUGUUGUCACUUGUCUAGUGAAAGAAGGGGUAUGGUAUGGUAGGGUAUGGUAAUGCUAUGGUAUGGUAAUGGUAAUGGUAAUGGUAAUGGUAAUGGUAAUGGUAAUGGUAAUGGUAAUGGUAAGGUAUGGUAUGUUUUAGGCCUCAACCAUGUGGUGGAAUCCUUUCAAGUCAACAUCCAACACAUUUUCCAUUGCCUUGUUUUCACUCCUAAAUCUCACUGCAUUUAGACACCCUUAUUGAGGGUUGAGAUAACAUAAUUCCAUGCUGGUCAUGAUUCGGCUGAUGUCUUGGGCAGUGAUGAUUUAAGGCUGGCUUUCCAUUUCUUGCGCUGUGGCACUGGCAGGGACAGGAGCCUUUCCCUCUCAGCCACAGGAUGUGGUUUUACGCGCCAAGCAGUGUGUUGUUAGUGCCAGCCUGGAAACGCGCAGUGGCCUCCUAUAGGACUUCACACCUGUAGAUAGGCCUUUCACAACUUGUGAAAGUUCCUGGAUUAGCCCCUGAUGUACCUGAUUAAUGAACUCUGGAAUUCUGCAGUGGAGACAAGGCAUGAGAAAGACUCUAUUUGAAGGCCUUGUGAAAAUGUAGAGGCUUGUGCUGGCUGACAGGAAUGGGAGCUGACUUGUGUACUUUGGAAUUCAGGUCCUGUGAGAAAAGUAUUUUGUAGCACCUGUUUAUGUCAUUUCUGAAGCAGAAGUAGUUUACAGAAAGAUUGGCGUUGGAGUAGGUUUAUUUUGUCAGUGGUACAUGGAUGCUUUUCAUUCAGCCCUGGAGAUGAAGUUGGGUGGGAGGUAAGGCAGCAUGUUACAGUGGAGAGAUCUGUGGGCAUGACCCGAGUUCUGCUCCCAGACUUGCUGUGCAGCCUCAUUCAAGCCAGUUCCCCUCUUUUUGCCUCAGUUUCCCCUCCUGAAGAAGAUAUCGUGGUACCUAUCUACCUCACGGGGUGUUGUGAGGGCAUAAGGGUCAAAUUCUGCACCCAUGGUGAUUCCCCACCUCAUGAUAAGGAGUGCAAGGUAGAAGUUAUAGAAUCAUGGAAUUCUGGCCAGAGAAUUCUGGCCAGAGUAUCUGGCCUCUAGCAUAGCAGUGUAUGUAGGAUAUGUAAUAGUUUUGUUAUUAACGUGAGUGUUCUUUAUAGAACUGGAAAAUAUUCACAUGUUUGCCUUUAAAAGCGAGAAGGUAUUUUUCCUACAAAAUGGCCAGGUGCUUUUCUGCGCAGAAAACUACUUCAAGAAUGAUUUGAUUUUCGUGCCUUUGUCUUCUGUGCUCUUUCAAGGUGCUGGGCACUGUAAACCCUCCACUGACUGUUGUUCCCAAGUGCCUCCAACGGCAGCCUGUCUGCCCAGCCGGCUGCAGUGGUGCAGCCUCAUCCCUCUUCCAUGGAAUGGUGGAGCAUGUGGGAAAACACUGUUCCACUUGCAGAGUCUGUCUGAGGACGAGAACGGUUCUAGUGCCAAGAAGUAGCUUGGUGACAGGCAUUUAUCACCACCUGAAGUUUAUCACUGUAUUUGGUUGAAGAAAUUGAAACCAGAAGCAGUUAAGCACUUUCUGUGCUUUGGCAGGUAUCUAAAUGCAUUUGAGAAAGGGACUUUUUCUGCCUUCUGAUGGACCUCACAGUAUGAGGACAUUUCACCACUGCCAGGUACUUCACGGUGCUUGCCCUUCACUAUGGCAAGUGGAGCUUCCAUGGGUGGUAACACCGAGCUUGCCUGUCUCAAUUCAUGCAGAUCAAAACUCUAAAACCGGUUUCAGCCAUAGGACAGACACUUCCCUGUCCCAUUUGCAGAAAGGAAUGUUCUGAAAGUGUCUUGAAGGGGAGAAAGUGCCUUCAUCUCAACUAGGGAAGAGCGUCCCUGUGUUGCUGUGCAAGUAGAAAACAAAUGGUAUUUUCAUCAAUGGUCACACAGGGAGAUUUCUCAACAGGAGUGUCGGGGUGGGGGGAAUGUACAUAUGGGGUAACAAAGAAUGCUGGUUUUAUUAUAACUGUGGUGUAUUUGAUGUGUUGCCUCUCUGUCCUGUUAAUAGCAAAUGUUACUUUCUGAGACAUAAAUCAAUCCUGUGAUUGAUUUGUAUUUAAUUUAAAUGGGUGAGUUGCAGAAUUAGAGCCUGGCAAAUAAAAAAUUAAUAGAACUGUCUCCUCUCAGGCAUGGAUUGUUUCCUGUGUAACUCAGUGGACCACUUGUUUCUACAUUCGCUUCCAUGGUGGCAUGGUAUUGCUCCAGUAAGAUCCAGGAGGGCACACACCGUAGAGAACCAGUGCAAAGCAGAGAUUUGGAUACUGCUUUAAGUACCUUCAGACCUACACACCAACAGUUCCUCCUCUUUCCUCAGUUAAGUGAUAACUCGAGUUUCCAUCUUUGGAAAUGCUCAGGUGCGACCAAAACAGGUGGCUUGCCCUACAAGCUGUCUCAUUCAUUUCAGAGUAAAAGAUUGUAAGAAUCUAAGAAACACAACUAGUUUUUAAGAAUCAAUCUUGUACAAACCGUCCAGUGUAACAGGCACAAACAGGCUUUUCUUCAGCCUCAAGCGUGCAUGACGUCCUGUUCCAGUACCCUAAGUAAAUAUAUGUGUUAUUUACAAUGGGUAAUGCAAGGACAAUCGCUUUGUUAGCGGAGCUGGGUUACAUCCCCUUCCAGCACUGUGGGGUAACUGUCAUGAUAGUACACGUCUUGCGUGGCAUUUGUUUUUCUUCUCAUCAAAGGGGUUUUGUAUUUGGCUCAAAGGCUGUGAUGGUCCUAAGGUGGUGGCAUGAAGGAAUUCCUUCGUGCCCCACUUCAAAACACGCACCGCCAGAGCCAAGAGAGAACUCGGGAGGAUCCGGUGGGGGCUGGGUCAGGAGGGGGUUACUGAACCACCCUGAGCGAGCAAACAGUUCCUGGUCUGUCAUCCGUGGGCAGAGCGUGGUUCCUGGUGGUUAAUGGGUAUGUCAGCUGUCCGGCUGCCUACGAGGAGCUAAAUUAAUGCUUCCCUAUUUUCUUGUCACUCUCUAUAGAACGUCCUUGACAUUUCCUUUCUCCUUUCAGUACAGCAAGUUGCUAAUACUGUUUCUGCAAAUGUUGAAUGUCUCAAAUCUGCAGAAUCAUGACGUGGGCUGCUGUUGCACGGGGUUUGUUCCUGUUAGUUCACGUGUCUGUGUCCAUACUCAUUCCCACGAAGCGCGGGCUGUUUGGGAAUGGUUACACGUGUCUGCAUGAGUUCAUGAGCGACCAAACUGCAGGAAAAGAUACAAAGGGAGGACAAAGGUAUUUCCUGCCUGUGUGUUGAACAUGUAGAUCUGUGGAACGGAGAAGAAAAACCCUUCAGCGUUCCCUUUAUGAUCUCAAAGUCACCAAGCUGAAAAAAGCACCCAGACAGAAAUUGUCUCAACCUUAAUGCGGAUGCAAUUUUCUCUUAAGUACGAGUACGUUCUUCUUUGGCUGUAGAGAUCUGUCUGGGACCCAGGUUUGGAGCGGGGCUGUGUUACGUAGCAAGUGGUUCAUUCUGGCUGAGUCGUGAUCCCACUUGAACUCAGUCUCUGGUUUGUUCAGACUUUGUUUUCCAGGUCAGGUGUGUUGCCACUUGAAAGAGCAAUAACCUGGUUUUAGCAAAAAAACCCGCUUGCUGACAAUGUGUUAGAAUGUGAUGGUUGGUGAAAAUCAUCCCAGAAAAAAAAAAAAAGAUGACACAAUCAGUCCUAGCCAAAAUCCAGCAGUGAUUCGUCCUUUUCAGUAAUGGCAUAUUGUAUACAUUUCUACAUACUUUUUUUUGUGUAAAUGUCUGUGCUAAAUAUGGAAAGAGGUGGGUAGUAGUGAAUCCUGAGCACUUGGAUCAAGUGACAGAUGGUUUUCACAAUGUUUUCCCAGUGUGGGUGAAUAAACAUGUGAGUUUAUCCCAGUGCUUGGUCUGGUUGCGUCACCCUCAGUCUCCAACACUUUUGUGCAUCGCACAAUCCCAGCAGCCCUUCGCUGGACACGCGCUGGGCUUGGCUGGCAUCUGCGGGAUUUGAUGGCAGGAUGCUGGUUUUCCUCUGUCCGGAGGAACCGCCCCAGUGGCAGCUCUUCUGCCUCGCGUCAGACCUUUGCUCGUCUGUAUCUUUGCUGGCCCCUCUGAAGAGCCCAUGGUACAGAGGGGACUCUGAACGCGCUGCAGAGCGCGUCUGCUCUGCGAGACGCGACUGAGGGUGCUCCUGUCCUCGUGCAGAGCACUUGGACCUCCCUGCACCUGGUGACCGUGCAGAGUUGUCACCUCCACACAAGCAUUUGCAGACUACCACAACUUGAUAGUGCCGAUUGCUACAGGUGAAUAUCAAUGACAAAACCAGCACCUUUAAUAAUGCUGUUACCCAAAGCUUAAAAAU